GCAUGAUUUUUGAAAACACCGUAACUAACAAAUGUAAACAAACUGAGAUUAUCACUCCCCCGCAUUCUACGCAUCUUAAUGUACAUGCUGACAAACAUUCGUUUCAUUAUUCGGUAAUGCAGCUGAAAAAUACGCAAUCGAAAUAAUGACGAACAAACAACUGACACGUCAACAGUGCAUAAAUACAGUUUCGUCAUGUUAGUUACGUUAGGUUUGGUACUGCUGUAACACUUACGUUAUUUUAAUUUAAUCGGUUUUUGUAACUAAAUUAUUAAAAUUUACUACAAUCUUUCUACUAAAAUGCUCAAUAUAGGUAAUGUUUCCAUAAGGGGAACAAGAGCACGCAGUUCCUUAAUUCUAGCCAAUAUUUUAGAGAAAAAGAAUACAAGUAAUGUUAUUCUAAGCACCACUAAUGCACAUUCAGCACAUUUUUAUUUUUGAUUAUCUAAAUCUAUCCUACAGUAGAUCAAAUCUAAAUACUUGUGACAAUGCGAGCAAAAAUGAGACACUAAAAUCGACUAAUUGAAAAAUGUCGAAAGUGUAAGAGUGAUGCUCAGAAUAACGUAACCUUUAUUUGUCUUCAACACACUGCUCAAAAGCGACAAACUACAAAUGUUGGUUGUCCUCAUUGGCAUACUGCCUCGGCGGAACAGUUCAGUUAUAGAAUUGAUUAAAAAAUAAUAAGAUUAGUCACCACAAUUGACGAAACUGAAAUAACGUAAGUGCAACAAAGAUACCAAACCAACGAAAGUAAAACGACGAAACUGUGAGCGUGAUACAAAUAACAUCGUAACUUUAAUUUUUCUUCAAUCCGCUCUUUUAAAUGUCUUGAUCGCGAAUGUUCGUUCCAUUCAAUGGAAAGGCGUCUUUGGUGAGCGUUUUGGACAAAUAAUUGGUGUAAAAAUCGGUAUGGUUUUUAAAUAACAUUUAAAACAAAACUUCGAAAAUGUCAUCGCCGUUUUCUCUGUUUGGGUGAAGUGCGAGUUUCGCUGUUUUCAAAAAUCAUGCUUGUAUUGUUCUACAGCUUCAAUAAAAUGGCAAACAACAAAGAUACACCAGAGCAUCUUCAAGCCCAAAACAUCAUAGUUAUACAUCCGGGCUCACUAUAUUUGCGAAUCGGACGAGCUUCCGAUGUGAAUCCCUGUCGAAUUUUACACGCUAUUGCCCGCCGCCGAAAGCCAGGUGGUCAUGCUUACCGAGAGCUAAUACUUCCUCCACCGAUCGCAAAACCGAAGGAACUAUUACCAGAGUUUGAGGAAUGUCGUUUGCAAGUUUCACACACGUUGCAAUCCUGUGUUCAGUCGGAUGGACGCAGGAGAUAUGCUACCCCUCCGCAGCAGAUAUCCGCUUUCAAUCGAAGAUCUAUGGCAGAGCCUAUAGAAGGUAGUGUAACUAAUUUCAAAGAUGACCUUGCCGGUAGUACUGUAAUUGGCGAAGAAGUUGUUUCGCUGAAUCCCGAUGGUGAAUUCAAUUUACACUUUCCUCUCAAAAGGGGUGAACUGAAUUUGCACAAGGAUGUCGGAGGUUCCUUGUCUGGUGUUAUGGCCGACUUACAAGAAAUUUGGGAAUAUGUUUUAAAACAUCGACUAAAAAUCGAUUUGAAACAACUGAAAAAUUAUAAAGCUGUGUUUAGAUUAACCGUACAAAUUUAGCGAUGUUACUAAAGGGAGCUGAUAACGGUGUAGGUUUUACUUUGUAACCCCACUCGUAUACGUUAGCCGUGUAGCAUUGGCAUUUUGCUUCCUAUGCAUUUCGUCACCUAUACAUAGAUAGUAACAGCUGUAAUAGGGAAAAAUAAAUUCAGUUGAUUCCGACCGUCGAACUGUGAACACUACCUGCAAAAUAAAAGAAAAGUGGUUAAUAAAAUUAGUACUUACCGUGUAGUUUUUCGUGGUUCCUGCCCUUCUUCAAAGUGCUGCUUGCUGUUCCAUCUGCUGCGGUGUUCAGCUGCUGCUUGCUGCGUUGCUGUCCAAAUCGGUGAGCGAAAAAAACCACAACGUAGGACACUUAGCGCGAUCAUAAUUGGUGCCGUGACCAGGAUCGCCAUUAGCAAACGAUCGAUUCCGCCAUCGCCGAUUCGUUUGAACAGCAACUUUGUCUCGCCGGACAUUCUUGAAGUCGCCAUUGUAGACGCCGUCUAUUUUCCCGCUUGGAUAUCUGAGAGUCGCCAUCGCUAUCUUCAAGCACCUGUUGGAAUAUAUUUAUACAAGGCCUGAUACCUUCAGGCAGAAGGUUAGUCUCUGUCCAACGGAAAUUUUGUGCUUUCUGGUGCGCUCUAGAUAUUUGUUUCUUCUGUUUCAUUGAGGCUUCAUCAAAUUCUUGGAAUUCUUUCGACGGUCGACGACGAGGACAGUUUUUCGGAUCCGGUAGUUUGCGAGGCAGUGCACAUACUGGCUCUACGAUCCACUCGAGGGAUACUUACGUGACCGCCCAUCUCUAUGGCCCCUGCGCCGUGUAUUGAAUAGACUCGAGGAUCACCUACGGUACUCGGCCAUCUAGCGCCAUUUUCUUCGAUACGACUUGCAGCCAUUGUAGCGUGUAUCUGCGAACAAUAUAGCUUCCUGAUUCGGAUCAAGAUUUUGGAAUUCUUGAUCGAGUUCCAGCCUGUUCCUGUUUGGAUAUAAAAUUCAAGGCAUUGAUUGCUUUGGAGAAGAUCGACGCAUUUUCGAACCACAACCGUUCUUUCGAUCGCUUAUUGCUGGUCAAGAUGGCUGACAACCAGCGAAUCAAUCAGCUGACUGCAAGGAGAGCUACGAUGAUUGGC